AUGACUGCGGAGAAGACGCUGCCCCUGGGCAAUGGCAAGGCUGCCGAGGAGGCGCGGGAGUCGGAGGCGCUGGCCGGCGGCGACGCGGCGUCUGCGCGCGACCCGCGGGACAAGGCGGUCCAAGAGCGCGGCCACUGGAACAACAAGGUGGAGUUCGUGCUGAGCGUGGCCGGGGAGAUCAUCGGGCUGGGCAACGUGUGGCGCUUCCCUUACCUGUGCUACAAGAACGGAGGCGGGGCGUUUCUGAUUCCCUACGUGGUGUUCUUUAUCUGCUGUGGCAUCCCCGUGUUCUUCCUGGAGACCGCCCUGGGCCAGUUCACCAGUGAGGGCGGCAUCACCUGCUGGAGGAAAAUCUGCCCUUUAUUUGAAGGCAUUGGCUACGCCACGCAGGUGAUCGAGGCCCACCUGAACGUGUACUACAUCAUCAUCCUGGCCUGGGCCAUCUUCUACCUGAGCAACUGCUUUACCACCGAGCUUCCCUGGGCCACCUGUGGGCAUGAGUGGAACACAGAGCGCUGUGUGGAGUUCCAGAAACUGAACAUGAGCAACCACAGCCACGUGUCCCUGCAGAACGCCACCUCCCCUGUCAUGGAAUUCUGGGAGCGCAGGGUCCUGGCCAUCUCGGAUGGGAUCCAGCACAUCGGUAACCUGCGCUGGGAGCUGGCCUUGUGUCUCCUGGCAGCAUGGACCAUCUGCUACUUCUGUAUCUGGAAGGGGACCAAGUCCACGGGAAAGGUCGUCUACGUCACCGCCACAUUCCCCUACAUCAUGCUGCUCAUCCUCCUGGUGCGAGGGGUCACGCUGCCGGGAGCCGCUGAAGGCGUCAAGUUCUACCUGUACCCUGACCUCUCACGGCUCUCCGACCCCCAGGUCUGGGUGGAUGCCGGCACGCAGAUCUUCUUCUCCUAUGCCAUCUGCCUGGGCUGUCUGACGGCGUUGGGAAGUUACAACAAUUACAACAACAACUGCUACAGGGACUGCAUCAUGCUCUGCUGCCUGAACAGCGGCACCAGCUUCGUGGCCGGCUUUGCCAUCUUCUCGGUCCUGGGCUUCAUGGCAUUCGAGCAGGGAGUCCCCAUCGCCGAGGUGGCAGAGUCAGGCCCCGGGCUGGCCUUCAUCGCCUACCCCAAGGCUGUCACCAUGAUGCCCCUCUCCCCUCUGUGGGCCGCCUUGUUCUUCAUGAUGCUCAUCUUCCUGGGCCUGGACAGCCAGUUUGUGUGCGUGGAAAGCCUGGUGACCGCUGUGGUGGACAUGUACCCCAAGGUCUUCCGGAGGGGCUACCGGCGUGAGCUGCUCAUCCUGGCGCUGUCGGUCGUCUCCUACUUUCUGGGCCUCGUGAUGUUGACCGAGGGCGGCAUGUACAUCUUCCAGCUCUUCGACUCAUACGCAGCCAGCGGGAUGUGCCUCCUCUUCGUGGCCAUCUUUGAGUGUGUCUGCAUCGGCUGGGUGUAUGGAAGCAACCGGUUCUAUGACAACAUCGAAGACAUGAUUGGCUAUCGGCCUGUGUCACUUAUUAAGUGGUGCUGGAAGGUCGUGACCCCCGGGAUCUGCGCGGGCAUCUUCAUCUUCUUCCUGGUCAAGUACAAGCCACUCAAGUACAACAACGUGUACACCUACCCGGCCUGGGGCUACGGCAUCGGCUGGCUCAUGGCCCUGUCCUCCAUGCUCUGUAUCCCACUCUGGGUCGCUGUCAAGAUGUGGCAGACGGAGGGCUCCCUGCCCGAGAAACUGCGGAAGCUGACCGUCCCCAGCCCUGACCUGAAGAUGCGCGGCAAGCUUGGCUCAGGCCCACGGACGGUGACGGUUAAUGACUGUGACGCCAAGCUCAAGGGCGAUGGCUCCAUCGGCUCUGUCGCGGCCAUCACAGAGAAGGAGACGCACUUCUGA